AGCCAUUUUGGCUCAAGUUGGGGCUCAAGCGCCUUCGGGUCAAGAUCUGUUGCGCGUGCCCUCUGAUCUAGUUAAUUACACCGAUUCGGCGCUUACCAUUGCAAACAAUGGACUCGUUUAUGAGGCGUGUUUCAUCUCAGUGCUUUCAUAGCGAUGAGUAUUUUGAGACCUACACGAAUCCUGACCCAUUCGACCAAGCAUCAGGUGGCAUGUGUACGUCGUUGCCCAGUUGGGGCUCACUGCCCACCAUGCAGCCGGUCACCAUGCAGUCGCUGCUUGCCUGGCAGGAAAACCACCCCAUGUUGCAGUCGAGCGGCGGUAACUCGUGGAAUACUUUUGACGAGUUCGACGACCCACGCGGGCGGGCGUCGGCGGGCAGAAAUCCAAUGCAGAACUCAUCCGAACACGCGCAGGAUUCAGCCCAGUUGGGCCCUGGCGGCGACUCCUCGGCGGCCGAUGCGCAGCUGCCAUCUCGGCCUGGAGGCGCUCUGCUGCUCCGUGGCCAGUCGCUGCCGCGCAGGCAGGAAGACCACCCCAUUUUGCAGUCGAGCGGCGGCGAGUCUUGGAAGACCUUUGACGAGUUCGACCACCCGCGCGGGGGCGCUCUGCCUCUGACCACAGUAGGCGCUCUUCUGCUCGAUCGCUCCGCGGGGGCGGCGCCAGCCUAUUCACCGACCAGGCCGCCCGGCAUGCCGCCGCGAUCCACCGCCGAGACGUGGCUGGCCGCGGGCCCCCCAGGCGAGCCAGACCGCGCGGCGCGGGCGAGACAGCCGGCCAGCGGAGGGCGGGCAGGGGCCUCCAGUGGCACGCCCGCGGCCGCCACGGCGCUGGCAGACAUGCGGGCCCGGCUCCUGGCGCAGGAGCAGCUGCUGGCCCAGGUCCAGCAGCAGGCCCAAGACCUCAGGCGCAGGAUCCGCGAGCAGCAGGCCGACCUGGUGGAGAUGGAGCUUCAGCAGGGCGAGCUCGUUGACAGCAUGUCGGCAGCCGCCGAGGAGGCGGCGCCCGCCACCCCUGGCGCUCCAGCAAUCACCACGCUCAUGAUCCGCAACAUCCCGAUGUCUGUGACGCAGCGUGACCUGCUGGACCUCAUCGACAGGGCUGGUUUUGAGAACCGCUACGACUACGCCUACAUGCCGACAACUUUUGACAGUGGUACCACUAGAGGAAUCGCAUUUGUGAAUUUUGCCACCUCAAGCGACGCCCGCGAGUUUUCCGUCUUGUGGAACGGAUCGCGACUGAUUGAUGUUGCCUGUUCUGGAACCAGCGGGACCGUGAUCGCGGUCACCGCCUCGGCGACGCAGGGCUACUCGGAGAGCGCCCGGAUGUGGAAGGCGAGCCGGCUGCGCCGCAUUAGGAACCCCAAGUUUCACCCCUUCAUCGCCCCGAGGCCAGCUGCCUGAUGAACGCCCGGUUGACAUUUUCAUUGGAUGCGCGGGAUGUGGGGGAUGGGGGGGAGCGCGCGG